AUGUCUCUCGUUGGUUUUGAGCGAAACAAAGAUAAGAGUGAAUAUACUCCGUUAUAUUCGAUGUUGUCCACUCACAGUUCACGGGGCAACGAAGCCAGAAAGCACAGUAGCAUACCGAGCGCUUCAAAUAAGUUAGCAAAAUCGGGCGGUUCCAAAACAGAUGAGGAAGAGAGCGAGAUGGGUGGGACUGCACACGGUGUGCAUCUUUGGAAUAGACUGUUUUCACGUCUAUCCCACAGCGGUAAAACAAAUGAGGAUGCGGAGUGUGAAGUGCCCGUUAAGGAUGCAAAGCGCCAAAGGGACCAAGACACGUUACUCAUACCUAGAAAGAAGAAAAGACCCGCCAAUGAAGCGGAGAUGGGUAUUGAACCCAAACGACAAGAAGUGAAUGAUAAAAAGCUAAAUCUUUCUAAGGAUCCGUUUGGCUGGAAUAAGUGGGAAACAACCGAGAUUGGAUCAUCGAACAAGAAGGCUGAUUACGGUACAACAUUUUUUAAAAGAAAAACCCUAACGAAAUAUAAAAAUGGUAUUGACGAUGCCGAUGUAAUUUUACGAUCUGAAUCUGAUGAACUGGCCUGCCUAAGAGAAAUCUUCAACGGCGAGUAUUGUAUUCCGAAAGUCAUUGCUGAUGAACGGAAACAUCAGUUACAAUUACUAAACCGAGAUAAACAGGUCAUGGAGCCGUCUUCGACUAGCAAAUGGAGGAACUCAGUGGUGAUGUUGACCGAAAAAAUCAGAAAUAUACUACUACUAGAGGGGCAUACUUCCAAAGAAUCACAAGACAAUGACGUGGUAUUUGUAAAGGAGAAAAAAAUACCGUCAUUAGAGGAGAAACGUCAAAGGUAUCAUGACAACAAGAAAUUAUUCGAUAAGAAACUAUCAAACUUAGAGAAUGAGUUUAAAAAUUACAGAGAAUUGACCCAGGAAAGAAGGAGAAUUCAGGAAAGCAUAAGACAGAAGAGAGAAUCAGCUGGAAAGGCCAAUAUUAUUCCAACUUUGAAGGAAAAAGAUUUGAGACAUAUUCAAAGUACUCUAGAAAGAAAAGACGCUGCUGUGUUAUAUAACAAGGAGAAUAUUGAGGUGGGCAUCAGAGAUUUCAAGACUCUAGCGCCAAGGAGGUGGCUAAAUGACACGAUAAUUGAGUUUUUCAUGAAAUUCAUUGAAAACAAUACCGAGAACACUGUAGCCUUCAACUCUUUUUUCUAUACAAGUCUCUCUGAACGUGGAUACCAAGGUGUCAGAAGGUGGAUGAAAAGAAAGAAGGUCACUAUCGAUAAACUGGAUAAAAUUUUUGUUCCGAUAAACUUAAAGCAAUCGCACUGGGCACUUGGACUGAUAGAUCUGAGGAGGGAGAGAAUAGUUUACGUUGACUCACUGACGAAUGGACCUAGUGCGAUAAGUUUUGCCAUCCUGAAUGACUUGAAAAUAUACAUCAGCGAGGAAAGUGGUCAGAAAAUAGGCGAAAAUUUUCAGCUGGUUCAUGCAGACUGCCCUCAACAACCAAACGGCUUUGAUUGUGGGAUUUACGUGUGCAUGAACACACUAUAUUUGUCAACGGACUCAGAAUUAACUUUCUCUGCAAAGGAUGCCGUAAAAAUGAGAUACUAUAUAGCGGGUCUGAUAUUAUCUGGCGGUGAUAAGUAG